UACAGCCCCGCUCCACAUCCGCAGCCCUCUGUGUGGAAAAACGCGCUCCCCACCCGCAGGCCUCCAGAUUACCGCUUAAUCUCCGCUUUUCUGCUGCUUUUACACAACUUUUAAAUUAUUUGAACCUUUGCGUAAGAAUGCUUUUCCUUUGCGUUGCCUUCUGUUUUCUCGCUGCGUGGUUUUCCGUGGACUGUAAUCCCAGUCCUGUGCUGGGAGAUGUAGUCGUGGACAGAUAUGACAUUCCUAAAGACUGCGCAAGGGAGGCAAAAACUGGAGAUUAUGUUCGCUACCAUUACAACGCCACAUUUAUCGACGGGAAGACGCUGGAUUCGAGCUAUGAGAAAGGAGCAGCCAAAGUCGGCCUGAUCGGAGAGGGUCGGCUCAUCGCUGGCGUUGAUAAAGGCCUGCAGGGGAUGUGUGUGAAUGAGCGCAGGAAAAUUACCAUCCCACCACACCUGGCUUAUGGGAGCAACGGGGCAGGGGAUGUGGUUCCUCCAGAUGCCGCGCUGGUGUUCAACAUCCACCUCCUGGAUCUGUGGAACAAGGCCGACCUGGUAGUCACCAAAACGAUCAGUACUCCCAAAGACUGCAAACGCUCCGUGAUGCGCACAGACUUCGUGCGUUACCACUUCAACGGCACCCUGCUUGAUGGAACCUCCUUUGACUCCAGCUACAACAGGAAGCAGACGUACAACUCGUUGGUAGGCGAGGGCUGGUUGGUCAAGGGCAUGGAUGAAGGCCUGCUGGGCAUGUGUGUGGGAGAGAUCAGACACAUUGUUAUUCCACCAUUCAAAGCUUACGGACCAAAGGGAUCAGGCACAAUGGUUCCCCCUCAGGCGACGCUUGUGUUUGACAUCCUGUUGGAGGACAUUCAUAACCCAAAGGAUAACAUCACCGUCGAGUCCCAGGAGGUUCCCGAGCCCUGCGCUCGCAGGUCUGUGGCGGGGGACUACAUUCGGUACCACUACAACGGAACCUUCCUGAAUGGGGUGACCUUUGAUACCAGCUACCAGAGAAACAGCACGUACAACACCUACAUUGGGAUGGGCUAUGUGAUCCCAGGUAUGGACCAGGCCUUGCUGGGAGUCUGCCAAGGGGAAAGGAGGAGGGUCAUCAUUCCUCCACACCUUGCCUAUGGAGAACAAGGAGCUGGUGACGUGAUCCCCCCAUCAGCUGUUCUGGUCUUUGACAUCCAUGUCAUCGACUUCCACAACCCCAGUGACAAAGUGGAGAUCGAGAUAAUCUACAAACCUGAGGUGUGCAACGACACCACGGCUAUGAACGACCUCGUCCGCUACCAUUACAACUGCACCCUGAUGGAUGGGACUCUGCUUUUUUCCUCACACGACUAUGAGAACAUGCAGGAUGCAGUUCUGGGCCAGGACAAGGUGAUCGAUGGGCUGGAUGAGGGCUUGAGGGGCAUGUGUGUAGGAGAGAAGAGGAGGAUUACAGUACCGCCUCACCUCGGACAUGGAGAGAAAGGAGCUGCUGGUGUACCAAGCAGUGCUGUGCUGGUCUUCAACAUCGAACUGGUGAGCUUUGAGAGGGGCGUCCCACCUGGUUACCUGUUUGUGUGGCUCGAGGACACUCCUGCAGAUCUGUUUGAAGCCAUGGAUAUGAACAAGAAUGGAGAGGUGCCAAUGGAAGAGUUUGGGGAGUUUAUCAAGCUGCAGGUUUCAGAAGGAAAAGGCCGGAUAAAGCCUGGAAUGACCAUGGAGGAGAUUGUCGCUGACAUGUUCCAGAACCAGGACCGCAACAAAGAUGGCGUGAUCACACCCAAUGAGCUCAAACUAAAGGUUGACGAGGACAAGGAACGGGAGCAGGCGAGGCAUGAAGAGUUGUGAGGAAGGAAAAAAAUGCUUUGGCUUCCUCUCAGGGAUAAACCUACAAAACAAAAACAAGCCACAGCUCUUUCGCAGCGUCACAGUUUAUUACUUACAGUAUUUAAGAAGACAAUAGUGCAGCACAAUCUAUUGUGGAGGAUUUUUUUUUGUUAGGUUUCUAAAAACAGAGCAAGCACCUUUUUGUCCCUGAAUGUUGUAAUAAAAUUUGGUAAAAAAUGUCUUUUUAGAAGUUUGACAAACAUUCUCUCAAACAUCCACCAGAAAUGCAACCGCACAGCAUCAUGCUGCCACCACUGUGUCUUAUCAGAAUCAGAAAAGCUUUAUUGCCAAGUACGUUUUUGGACAUACAAGGAAUUUGUUUGUGCUGCUGGUAGCACCUGUUAUCUUUUAGAGUCAAAGAAGCUUAAACUACUUCAUAAAAUCAAUCUUAAAAAAUGAUGGCAAUGCAAACCAAAAUACUGCAUUCUAGUUUUGUUGCAGCAACUGUGGAACAAUGCUCAAGAAUUAUCCCUUGUGCUUAAAAGGAACCUGUCUUAAAAUGCCAUUUUACUGUGGCCGAGGUAAUUGUUUACAUUUAAGCUUGUCUCUGUAAGUACAGCUUCACAAAGAGCUUAACACUGAUUGCAACAUUGCUACAUCCUUUGAAUAUAGCAAAAAUAUAUACAGUCAGAAUGUUAAGACCUGAACAUCAAGUAAUUGCAGUUACCAAGAACAUGAAAAUAUGCUACUAGGUUCAAGGUUUGACACAGAUUCACAACAUAACAUCCUGGCUCCAACUAAAGGAUAAGACAUUUUGAUGUAUGUGUGUGUAUAUAUAUAUAUAUAUAUAUAUAUAUAUAUAUAUAUAUAAAUAAAUGGCUGGUAGUCUAGAAGAAGUAUCUUUGUACCUUUUGAAACCCGAGUUUUGAUUGAGGACAAGUGGAAGCCAAAAUAAAUAAAAAUAGUGUGAGA